AUGUUUGAAACAGACGAGUUCAAGGCUUCGUCUAGUCAAGAGAUAGUCACUUUCUCGGAGAUGAAACAUGAAGAAGUAGAAGCUUUUGUUGAGUUCCUCUACAGUGACGGCUCUACGCUAUCAGCAAAAGGGAAAGAAAACGUUCAGUCACUCUUUCUCGCAGCUCACAAAUAUGAACUGUUGCAUUUACGGGAUCUAUGCAUAAAGGAGCUUAUAUCUUCUCUGCAUUUUACUAAUGCUCUUGACAUUCUAAUGCUCUCUCAGGAGACUUUCGAAAGAGACCUCAACAUUGCUGCCGUAGAUUUUAUCCUAAGGAAUUUUAAGACGAUUGCUAAUUCUGAAGAAUUCAAGUUGUUUCUUUUCAAGACGCCAGGUACUGCCCUGGAGAUAGUGAAGCUACUUAUUAACAAUGCGGGUGUUUCUUAUCGUGAUAGCGCCGUCGUCUAA